AUGCCCGAACUUCGUUUAGGAUUGAAUGAUAAAGUUCUAUUUGAAAGUACUGGAAGGGGUAAAUCUAAAUCUGUUGAGUUGGAAGAUGUAAAAUUCCAUCAGUGUGUAAGAUUAUCACGUUUUGAGAACGAUCGUACUAUUUCAUUCAUUCCUCCUGAUGGUGAGUUUGAGUUAAUGUCAUAUAGGUUGAAUACACAUGUUAAACCACUCAUUUGGAUUGAGUCAGUAAUUGAACGUUAUGCUCACAGUAGAGUGGAAUACAUGAUUAAAGCAAAAUCACAGUUUAAAAGACGGUCAACUGCGAAUAAUGUUGAAGUUGUCAUUCCUGUCCCUGCAGAUGCUGAUUCUCCUAAAUUCAAAACUACAGUUGGGAGUGUUAAAUAUGCUCCUGAGCAGAAUGCUAUUACCUGGACUAUCAAAUCAUUUCCUGGUGGUAAAGAGUACUUGAUGCGUGCUCAUUUUGGUCUUCCUUCUGUGAUGUGCGAAGAUACUGAAGGGAAACCCCCAAUCCAAGUUAAAUUUGAAAUUCCUUAUUUUACAACAUCAGGUAUACAAGAACUAAAAUUGGUUCAAACUGUGGCAACUCAUUCUCAUCAUGCUAGUUUAAGAUCAAUUGGAGUGUACAAUGGUCCAAUACAUGAUAUCUUAGCUACUGGUGGAGCGGAUGAUACUGUACAUCUCUAUGAUCUUAGGUGCCGGAAAGAAUGUGGCAUUCUAUCUAAUCAUUCAGGUGUAAUUCAUUUGAGCAUCCACCCAAGUGGUAAGAUGGCAUUUUCGAUUGGUGCUGAUAAAACUCUCAGGACUUGGAAUUUAGUGAAAGGAAGACCUGCCUACACCAUUAAUCUUUCUGGAAAAGUAAAUCGACCUGAAAUAGUUGAAUGGAGCUUAUGUGGUGAAUACUAUGGUUUAGUAAAUGAUGACGCUCUGGAUAUCUACGCGGUUGCAACUGCAAAAGUAAUUCAUACCUUAAAAGUUAGCUCUCGGAUAUGUGUAAUUCAUGUGUAUGAUCUCAAUUCUAAAAAACCGAGGAAAAAAACAUCUUAUGAAACAUCAUGCAGAAUAACUUGUAUUACCGUUUCCAAAUUAAUGAGCGAAGAAGACCGCCCCAAAAAGAAACAAAAAAUUAUUGAUUACUCUAAUCUGAUAAAAAAUGAAAAUGUUGAACGAAAAAUCAGGUUUCAAGAUGAAGUACCACCAGCAGAUUCUGCUAGCGAUGUUAUCUGCUUCCCAAAAUCUCAGAAGUGGAUUGUCGAAAGCAUUAAUCCUUAGUUAUGUUUUUAACAUACAAUGAUUCAAUUAUGUGAAGAUCCUAAUUUAUUUUAUAUCUAUACAGAUUUUGUUUUAAUUUUAAUUGUUUCCAAUGUACAUAACAAAUAAAGAAAAAAUUAUAUUUUAAAAUAUAUGAUUAUUUUUUAAUACAGUAUCUAGUUACUAUGGUUCAUCCCCUCAGAAUUCAAUGAUAAAUGUUUUCAUAUUUCCAAUAACUCAGGAUUUCUUAUAGAAUAACUGUAUAGUUCUCUUUUUAAUGUGAAUCUAGGAUAUAUUUAAGAUGUUACAACUAACAAAUAAUUGCAAAUAACUCAGUAAGAUGGUUUAAAAGAAUGAUUUAAAAAUUAGUAAUUUUAUAACACUAAAUAGAAUUAACAUUUAUCUGUUUCAUAGACAAAUAAAAACACAAAACAUAAUUUUCUGUAUGAAAGGAUAAAACCUCUUACUUAAAAUUUAUUUACAAUAUUUAAAAAAGCUUUAUUAAUCAAUACCAGUCCUAUAAAGUGCCACUUAGAGAUGGCCAUCGAUAGUUGAUAUUAUCGAUAUAUCAAUAUUUUCCUUCCAAUAUUCGGUAUUUACUAUAAUAUCUACAUAGUAUCGACUAUCGAUAUCUUCCCUUCGAUAUUUAAUAGUAAAAUAAAAAUUAAAACUUAUCGUUUUCGGAAAGCUCUAGGAAUUAUAUAUGAUUCUGAUCAUUGGAAAAGAAAUUAAUCUCAUCUCGCCUGUCUCAUACAAAAUGUAGUGCGUAGUAGAAGAAAAUAUUGAUGUUUCAAUAAUACAGACUAUGAAUGGUCAUUCAUAAGUAGAGCUUAGCAGCGUGCGUGGGACCCUACUCACUCAGUAAACUCAAUUUGCCAAAAUUUAUUAGUUAGAACCUUCUCAAACCAAUGCCAAGAAUAGUCAAAGAAAUCUAUAUUGAAUGCUAAUCUAUAGGUGAAUGGAAAUUUCAGGAAAAAAGCUGAGGAUGGACUAUAGUAUAUGGACUAAGAUAGACAGGAACUAGAAAAUUAAUUUUUCUUAGGAGGAUAGAACAAUUGAUAUUUUCAUUAAUUAAUUUAAAGAGGAAAAUAAAAUCUUUUUUGAUGAGGCUAUAUGCUAUAGAAUCAAUUUUUAUAUUUCAAAAAUGUUAAUAAUAUUAUUGAAAAUAUCGACUAUUGAAAUUUUGAAGGCAUUGAUAGUUAUAGGACGAUAUUAAUAUCGAUAUUGGGCCUUCAAUAUUCUAUCCCUUGUGCUAAUUGACCUAAGUGAUAAAGAUGAAGUCAAUAGAGAAUUCUCGACGAUACACCUGUAGUUAUGAGAUGUGAUUCUGUUUGUUACUACCAUGCACCAAUAGGAUGGGCUGGAUUGCCUCAUCUUGCCCUCCUCCAGCUAUCUAAAUAAGCAUACGUUGCCAGCGUAUUUACUUUUUAGACAUGGGUGUAUGGUUUGCCAUCUUGUUCUCUCAUAGUCUUGAGGAUUAUUUAUAUUUUAUCUCUGGAAAAGGAUAUUUGGCAUAACACAUCACACUGAAGGCAAUUGAUGUUAAAAGCUGUUUGAUAUAAAAAUAAACCAAAGUAAGCCUUACAGGUUGAGAGAAUGGCACAGAGACCGCUGAGAUUAUGUAUUAGGUAGCAACUUCAUGCAAUUAAGCUAGAUAUUUUAGCCAUUUAUAAAUAAAUUUACAUCUUGUUUGAGCUCAUCAAAUGUUUUUAAAAAAGAAAAAAGAUUUACUUUACAACAUUUAAUAAAC